CCAAUUUCUAGUCCGUUGUCCCGUGCGGUGUGGAGUCCGGUCGAAAUUCUCAUGUUUUGAGUUUUUAAAUUUCUUGAUUGGCGAUCGGAGUCUCUGACUUGUGUUUUCCCUUUGCUCCUACACUUCCACUGCUGCUAAAUUGUUGAUUUCAGAAUUCUAUCAACCAGAGUUCAUCUUGCCAUAUCUUUAGGAUGGCAACUACAGCUUGUUUUAUCAUUGUAAGCAGGAAUGACAUCCCAAUAUAUGAAGCUGAAGUUGGGUCUGCUGCGAAAAGAGAAGAUGCUGCUCAGCUGCAUCAGUUCAUAUUACAUGCCGCUCUGGAUAUUGUUCAAGACCUUGCAUGGACCACUAGUGCGAUGUUCUUGAAAGCCAUUGACAGGUUCAAUGAUUUGGUGGUAUCAGUUUAUGUAACUGCUGGUCAUACACGAUUUAUGCUACUUCAUGAUUCUCGUAAUGAUGAUGGAAUCAAGAGCUUUUUCCAAGAGGUUCAUGAGCUUUACGUAAAGAUUCUUCUUAAUCCACUCUACUUGCCUGGUUCCCGCAUAACAUCAUCACAUUUUGAUACAAAAGUUCGUGCCCUUGCAAGGAAAUAUCUAUAGGCGGUCAUCUGUUCUUUCGAAGAACUUGGGAUGUUACGCAAUUGAGCUUUGCAUGAGUAUACACACACUUUAACCUCUCUCUCAUCGAAAAUUUGAUCACGUAUGGCGAAAAGUAAAGCUUUUUCCGAUUGCAAUUUGUGUUUACACAAUUACUGACUGUUAUUUGCUCUUAAGAUUUCUUCGUUCAUGCAUUCGUUGCAAAUAGUAAAUGACAAUAUGUUUCGAAAGUGUUUUGUGUGAAAUGAUAACAAAUGAUGGAACAGCAGAUAGCAUUUAGCAA